CACAGUGAAUAAGUGGAGUGGGAGAGGUUGUUUUGGAGUUGGUGUGUGUGAGGUUGGUGUCUAUAAAAGCUGUGGUCCUGCUCGCAAAGAUAUUUUUCCUCAGACUGAACCAAGACCUGCAGGCAGGAUGCAUGUGGACCUGGUGUGGCUGACGGCUGCACUUCUGUCUUUUCCUCUGCUCACACUAUGUAGCCCACUCAACAUCUUGGUGGCCCCGAACCUGCUGCGGGUGGGCACACCUGAGAGUGUGUUCGUGGAGGCACAGGAUUACACUGGAGAUAAAAUCUCAGUGAAGAUCAGCGUGAAGAACUUCCCACAAAAAAAUACAGAACUGACAACUGAAUCUGUCGUCCUCACCGCUGACAAGAGCUACCAAGCUACUGUAAACAUAAAGAUUCCUGACAAUAAGAACUUCUUUAAUGACGACCCACUGGAGAAGCAGUAUGUGUACCUGCAGGCUCAGUUUCCUUCGAGCCUGCUCGAGAAAGUGGUCCUCCUCUCCUUCCAGUCUGGCUACAUAUUCGUUCAGACAGACAAGAGCAUCUACACACCUGCAACACCAGUUCGUUACAGAAUCUUCUCGCUGACUCCGAAUCUGCAGCCCGUUGAACAGACCGGAGGAAUCUAUGUCGAAAUCAUAAAUCCUCAAGGAAUCACAAUUAACAGGGACACGGUCUUCCCCAAGCUGGGGACCAUAACCGGGUCAUACAACAUCCCUGAAGUGGCCAAAUCUGGGAUAUGGUCUUUAGUAACGCGGUUUAAAAACACCCCACAGAAGAACUUCACUGCUCAAUUUGAAGUUAAAGAAUAUGUGCUGCCAAACUUUGAGGUCACAUUAAAACCCUCCAAAGCCUUUUUCUAUGUGGAUGAUGAGAACCUAAAAGUGGAUAUAACUGCCAAGUACCUGUUUGGGAACAAUGUGGUUGGAGUUGCGUUUGUCGUGUUCGGCGUUAAAAGCGAUGACUCGAAGACCGCGCUGCCUGCCUCUUUACAAAGACAACAGAUCAUUAAUGGAGAGGGACAGGCGGAGCUCACGAGAGCGACGAUCCAGAACACUUUCCCAAACAUUAAUGAACUGAUUGGACGCUCUUUGUACGUUUCAGUCAGUGUUUUAACUGAGACUGGGAGUGAGAUGGUUGAAGCGGAGAGGGGGGGCAUUCAAAUUGUGAAAUCACCCUACACUAUCCAGUUCAAGAAAACCCCAAAAUUCUUCCACCCUGUUAUGCCUUUCGAGGUCACGGUUUAUGUGACCAAUCCGGACCAGUCACCUGCUGAAAAUGUGGAUGUGGUGGUCAAGCCCGGUGACGUGAGGGGUCGAACCAGCAGUAACGGCUUGGCUAAGGUCACAGUAAACAUCCCAGGAGGAGGCAACACUCUAAAAAUCACUGCAAGAACCGACGCCCCAGGCAUACCAUAUGAAAGACAAGCUGAGAACACGAUGACUGCCCAAGCUUACGCCACCAAAGGAGGCUCCGGCAAUUAUAUAAAUAUUGGCAUAGCUAAUGCAGAACUGGCAAUCGGUGAUCCAUUCAAGAUCAACCUACAUUUCAAAACUACUGUCGAAAAUCACGACAUCACUCUUGUGACCCUUAGUAAAGGACAGAUUGUAGAAGUGGAGAGGUUUAAGAGACUAAGCCAGCCGCUGGUGAUUCUGUCUAAAAUCGUCAAAAAAGAGCUGGUUCCCUCAUUUCGAGUGGUGGCAUAUUUCAACGUAGGAUCCACGGAGCUUGUGUCAGACUCAAUCUGGGUUGACGUGAAGGACACAUGCUUGGGAACGCUAAAACUGGAUGUAAAGGAGAGUUUAAAUGUCAAGAAGGUAUUUAGCCCUCGUGAUGAGUUCCAUCUCAUAGUAACUGGAGAUCCAAGUGCCAAGGUUGGCCUGGUAGCUGUGGAUAAGGGUGUCUUUGUCCUCAACAAGAACAGACUCACACAGAACCAGAUCUGGGACAUUAUUGAGAAGCAUGACACUGGCUGUACAGCCGGUGGGGGUAAAGACAGUCUGGGGGUUUUCUAUGAUGCAGGUCUGCUGUUUCAGUCUGAUAAAGCAGGAGGCACCGCUGGAAGAACAGAUCCUGUGUGUCCCAUCCCACUGAAGAGAAAACGGAGAGCUGAGACUCUAUUACAGAUCACCCAAACACUGAUUGGUAAAUACUCCGGUGAACAGAAGAAAUGCUGUACAGACGGACUGAAGCUGAAAAGGCUUGGCUACACAUGUGAACGGAGAGCUUCUUUCAUUUUGGAGGGUGCAGAGUGUGUCCAGGCCUUCCUUCACUGUUGUAAGGAGAUCCAAAAACGCAAGGAUGAGGAGAGAGACCUGCUGCAUCUGGCUCGGAGUGACGAUGAUGAUGAUGACUUCAUCAACUCUGAUGAAAUUGUCACCCGAACACAGUUCCCUGAGAGCUGGUUGUGGGAAGACAUUGACCUGCCACCCUGUCAAGGAAAUAUACCAUGUACUACAACAAGCCACACCUUGGCCAAAAACUAUCUCAAAGACUCUAUUACUACCUGGGAAAUCCUCGCCAUCAGUCUGUCAAAGACCCAUGGUAUCUGUGUAGCUGAUCCCUAUGAACUAACAGUGGCAAAAGACUUCUUUGUGGAUCUCAAGUUACCUUACUCAGCAGUACGCAAUGAACAACUGGAAAUCAAAGCUGUUCUGUAUAACUUCUCCAACAGGAAACAGAGGGUGCGUGUGGAAUUCCUUGAGACAGAGAAUGUUUGCAGUGCAGCCAGCAAAAAGAAAAAAUACAAAACCAUAGUUAACAUUGAUGCCCAAUCUACCAGAUCUGUCCCAUAUGUAAUUAUUCCCAUGAAAGCAGGGGACCACCAGAUAGAGGUGCUGGCUGCAGGAGGAUUCUUUGAUGAUGGUGUAAGGAAAACCCUGAAAGUAGUGUCUGAAGGUGUGCUAACUGAAGUCCCAGAACAAAAUUUGGAACUAAAUCCCUCUAAAGUAGCUGGUGGUGUUCAAGUUGUGCAAUUGAGGACCAAUAUACCAAACGGGCAGGUUCCAAACACUCCUUCACACACUUACAUCUCUGUGUCUGGUCAGGAGGUGAGCCAGACAAUCGAGCAGGCUAUCAGUGGAAACUUCAUGGGACGUCUGAUCGUACAGCCCAGUGGCUGUGGAGAGCAAAACAUGAUCUAUAUGACACUACCCCUUAUUGCCACACACUACCUAGAUGCCACCAACCAGUGGGAGGGAGUUGGUGUGCACCGACGUGAUGAGGCCAUCAAGCACAUUUUGACAGGACGUGACCGUCAACUUACAUUCCGUAAACCUGAUGGUUCCUAUGCUGCAUGGAUAAACAGACCAAGCAGCACAUGGCUGACAGCAUAUGUAGCCAAAGUGUUUGCCAUAGCCAGUGACCUCAUUACCAUCCAGGAAGAUGUUCUCUGUGACUCCAUCAAGUGGUUGAUUCUGAAUUCACAGCUGCCAGAUGGCCAAUUUAAAGAAAGUGCCCCAGUGGUUCAUGCAGAGAUGGUUGGUGAUGUACGAGGAAAAGAUGCUGAUGCCUCUCUGACAGCAUUUGUCUUGAUUGCUCUGCAAGAAGGACGCCAUCUCUGUGCCAACUUAGUUGGAAGUCUUCCAGAGGCUUCUAAGAAGGCCACUGAAUAUUUGGAACAUAGACUCCCAUUUUUGACCAAUCCAUAUGCGGUUGCCAUAACUUCCUAUGCCUUGGCCAAUGCUGACAAGCUUAACAAAAACCGCCUGCUGCAGUUUUCCUCUGGAGAUGGUGCUUUCUGGCAAGUUGCUGGAGGAAAUUACUUCUCCCUGGAGGCAACAGCAUAUGCAUUGCUGGCUCUGGUAAAAGUAAAGGAUUUUAAUGCAGCAGGGAAAGCUGUUAAUUGGCUCAAUAGGCAGAGUAGUCCAUAUGGGGGUUAUGGCACCACUCAGGCAACCAUCAUUGUGUUCCAAGCAGUGGCUGACUACUAUAAACAAGUAAGGGAUCGUCAAAAUACAGACUUGGAUGUGGAAUUGAGCGUGAGUGGACGAAGUCGCCCAGUCAGAUGGGUUUUCAACAAGAACAAUGCACAUCUCACACGCUCAGACAAGGUUCAACUCAGGCAAGAGUUUAAUGUUACUGCUAAGGGACCCGGUGCUGGAGUUCUUAAAGUAGUGACAUAUUAUUAUGCUAAACCCAUAGAAAAGGAGAGCGACUGCACAAAGUAUGAUCUUACUGUCGAGUUGAGAAGAGAACAACAGGUGUCAUAUGACAAUGCUGAAGCAAGUUACGAGCUCAUCAUUGACGUUCUAUUUAAGGAUCCAGAAAGAGAUGCCACCAUGACUAUUUUGGAUAUCAGCUUGCUGACAGGAUUUGUGGUGGAUGAAAGUGAUCUUACAGAUCUAACCAGUGGAAGGGACAAAUACAUACAGAAGUUUGAGCUAGAUAAGCAGCUUUCAGAACGAGGCUCCCUCAUCAUUUAUUUAGAUAAGGUAUCACACACUGUGCCAGACAGAAUUGUUUUCAGAGUGCACAAGAUCACCAAAGUAGCUUUGCUUCAGCCUGCUGCUGUCAGUGUAUACGAGUACUACUCUCCAGGGGAAAAAUGUGUGAAAUACUACCAUCCUGUAAAGAAAGAUGGAGCCUUGAACAGAUUGUGCAAAGACCAGGAGGGUCUGUGCCAGUGUGCUGAAGAAAACUGCAGUAUCCAGAAGAAACAGCGUAUCAAUGAGGAAGACCGGGAGAAAAGAGCUUGUGAAGCCGGCUUGGAUUAUGUAUAUAAAGUCCAAGUAGUGAAAACGGACUUCAGCCCAAACAUAGAUUUCUAUGACGUGAAGAUUGAAGAGGUCCUGAAAGAAGGUUCCGACCAAAACGUACGUGAAAAACAGAGGCGCUUCCUGGGUCAUCCAAACUGCAGGGAGUCUUUUGGAUUCGAAGUAGGCAAGCGCUACCUCAUCAUGGGCAACAGUAUUGACCUACCAGCAGACCAAGAUGGAAAGUUGCAGUACAUCUUGGGUGAGCAGACUUGGAUUGAAUAUUGGCCCACAAACGAAGAAGGUCAAACUGAGGAAUACAGAAACAAAUUCAUCGGUAUCUCUGCACUGGCUCAAAGCCUUACCGAAUUUGGAUGCACUACAUAAAUACUGAUUCAUUUUAUUUUAUUUUUUCUGUACAACUUUCUAAAUUUCUUUUCUCUUGCUGUGACAGCGAAUUUACUCUUGGCACUCACCCUUGCAAAGUAUCCAUCCUCACAUUUAUUUGAAAAUGUAAAAGCUGUCUGUGAUCUCUAAAAGGAAAAUAUUGAAUAAACUGUCUACCUGUGA